CUGCUGUAAUGUCAACCCCCAAGGACAAGUACUACUGGACCCAGCUCAGGGCGGCAUUGACAAGCGGCCAGUGGUCGUCGUCGUAUCCAUCGAAAGCUCCAAACGGAACUUCAUUGUCCUGGUCCGAAUUAUUUCGAAAAUUUAACAAGCAUUGCAAGGGAUACGAAGAUGUCACUGAAGUAGCAUCACAAACACAUGCUCUGGCUCUCCUGCUUGUGGCGAGCUCCAAGGACGAUGACCAGGACGACGCACCACGAACUGGAGAUUAUGCUUUGGAGCUGGGAGACGAGUCUGUUCUUCCAGAGGAACAGAAAGGGGAGGCACAGGCAGGAUACAACAUACUGAAGAAACUCGAGUCGUCAAAUUUCGACACAUUGAAUUUUGCGCUGGCGUACUACGCGUAUGCACUUGGGAAUCCUACUGAGUGUCUGUCGCACCUAAACAAGGUACCCGACGUCGUCCACAUCCAAAAUCAUAUUCCUCUUCCCGAGACUCUGCACGCAAGUUCUUCAACACUACGCGUACCAAAAACUAUCACAGCGAUCGUCGAAUCUUCAAUAUCCUCAGCUGGGGCGAGUAUCAUCACCGACGCUUCGGUUUCGAUUCCCGAAAUCAAGGACGGCCGCGCAUGGGCACUGACAGAAACUUUGCGAAGUCUCUGUCUCCAAGGAAUGUCGUAUGAAAAACUAUUUCCUGAAAACUCAAAACGUGCUUUAGCAUCCUAUUCCGCAGCCAUCCCUCUCCUGAACAUCGUGGAAUCGGAAAUUACAUCCGCGGUAGCUCCUACCUCCACCGGCAAACUCGAUUUCACUUCGUUCACGCGCUUUCGAGAGCUAUGGCGCUGGGUUGAACGUCUUAUUUGGAGAGCCGUCAUCCUGUCUUCGUGGACGUCCAAUGUUCGCGAUAAAGGCGCGUCAUUGUGGACAUGGUUGAACCAUUACUCGUCUUGUAGUGCUUCCUGGCCCUCAAAUUUCCGUACCGCCCAUCGCUCCGCCAUUUCGGUCCUUUAUCUCCGCGCGCUGAUAAUUCGCUACGGCCAUGACCCUAGUAUCACCCCUCGUGCCAAGCAACCAGUAUGGUUGCCUACCGCUCGAUCUCUAGUACAGGAAUACCGGGCUAUCCUGAGUGUAUCAACCAAAUUUCCCAGGGCCGGGGAACGAAAUACCAAAGUGGAAGAAUUCGUAGAUCUAUGUGUCGGGAUCUGGGAGGCUAGCGGUGCUGUGGGAGAGUCUACUAGUUGGGUACUAGAUGUCCUUUGGUGGGCGACCCGUAUGACAUUUAACUCCUUCAGGAUAUUGCGGCAUAUGAUGCGGGUCCUGCGUGUUUCUGGCGACAUAAAUCUUGCGAAGCGUACUCUUCGCUUGUACGUUCAAGUUGUAGGAAAAGCAUGGCAAACUAGUGAUGCCGGAGUAGGUGCCGACACGGACACGGAUCAGAACUGGGUGGAAACCCUGGUCUAUGGGAUACGGAUGUUAUGCAAUUUAGCUUCAAUGGCCAAUGGAAUCGAGGGGAUUGAGGACGUACGAGAAGCAGAAACGUUGGUAGAGAAAGCAAAAACCCGUUUGGACGAAAAUAACCAGGCACUCGUUGCGAGCCUCCUUCUGGCAGAGGGCGUAUGUCAGUCUGUGAUGGCCCUUAAACAGCAAGACCCGCACAGUCGUUCGCAGCGGCUCGUAACAGCUCAUGCGCUCCUGAUCCGUUCUUCCCAAACUUUUCCCACAGCAUCUGCUUAUUAUCACCUGGCGUUAUCCUUUGCGCGCUCCGGAGAGCUGCAAGAUUUACAGCAGGCCAUUGUUAACGCAGGAUUAGCUGUUGAAGGUGACCCUAGGGAAGUCCGAUAUUGGCAUCUGUUAGGACUUCUUUCUGCAGCGACUGAAGAAUGGGAACCGGCUCAGAUGGCCUUGGAAUCAGGGGCUGCUAUUGGCGAGGAAGAAGUCUCCGUUGUUAAUGGGCCCUGCCCACCUGAAGCUUCCCAGAUGGACCCAGACAAUGAGUUACUUGGUGUCCCCUCGCCUACCACAGUCAAUGGCAAUGGCCGGGUGAUUGAUGGUCUCCCUCACACCGACGAUGAUCGCCACCCUGCACUCAAUGGUACGAAGGAGGCUCCAGAAGUAAAGCCUGUAUACCUCCUCGGCAAGGACGACCAUGAUAUUCCCUCUGCUUCAAAUUUGCUCCAACCCGUCCAGGAUCAUCCUUCACCCUCGCGGCAAGAACUGUUCGAAGACUCCUUGCAGCUUCGAAUGACUCAGUUUGCGUUGACAGAAGUCGUCGAAGGUGCCGAGGGUGCUUCUCAGAUGCUUCCUGAAAUAUUCGUAUGGAUCGCCGACAGAAUGGGCCAUUCUGUGACUGAUACAGCGAGAAGCUCCCUGGAUGGCGGGAGAUCGACGAUGCAGCUCAAGUCUCCGUCAGAGUUAAUCCUUUCACCAACUGUGACUAACCCAGAAACGCUCGACCAAACUAGCGAAGAAAAGCGGCGACUCUCGAUACCGCAUUCUGGGUCUACAGAGCCGCCUGCACCACCCAUACCUAUUACCAUAUCUCCUGCAACUCCAGAUGGACAAUCUCAGGACCCAGAAUAUGUCCAGUCCAUGGCUUUGCACGAUGAGAAAGCUGCGAAACGGAGCGAGGAUCAUGAAAGGGACGCGUCCAAAUCCAAAAAAGUCCAGAAAAUGCUCAAAAACAGGGUCCAUAAGAGCGGUGCACGGAUAAGUAAUAUAUCGAAGAAAAUUGGUAGUGGAGUCGUGAGGAACGGAAGCCUGCUAAGAUCCAAUUCGGCACCAGAUUUUCAUGCCGUACUCCGUCAGACCGCAUAUCAAGCAUCAUCGAUACAUUCUCGAAGACGAUUGAGCUUGCUCAUCAGGUCAUCUGAUUCUGUUCCUAACGAGUCACCGCCACCACCGCCCACACCUGCGCUGCCUCAGCAAACAACAUCGAACAAACGGACCGCUCGUGAAAUGCGGCUUCUGAGCGACCUAUGGCUAAUGUCUGCGGCGACUUUCAGGCGUUUAGGCAAGAUCGAACAGGCCAGGGGUGCCAUCCAAGAAGCGGAGGUCAGAGACGAGAAUAACCCCGCUGUCUGGGUGCAGCUCGGUCUGUAUUACAUUGCUCUUGGUCAAUCGCAAGAUGCCAUCGACGCUUUCCAAAAAGCGCUGUUCAUCUCCCCGGACAAUGUCCCUGCUGCCGUCCACCUGUGCAGAUUGUAUCUCUCCGGGGAAGCACCGUCGUGCCCUACCAUGUCGGACUAUAUUGACCUUGCGGUCGGUAUGCUCUCUCGCCUGGCAAAAGGCCCCGGUUGGGAUGUACCCGAGGUGUGGUAUUUCCUGGGAAAGGCGUAUGGUGCACAGUCCCAGCGUGAGCGAGAGCGAGAGUGCCUCGGUCGGGCACUGACGUUGUCAGAGCGACGAGGAGUGCGGGAGAUAAGCGCUGCGCUAGGAUGGUGUUUGUGAUUAGUUGUUCUCCUUUCUGGGCUUUCUGGUGGAAAUCGUCGGAACAUAUACCCACUGCGACGCGCAGUAUUAUAAUUCGCUAUCUUCUUCCCCGUACUAUAAUGCAGUAUUUAAGUAGUAUUUGGGCAACCCCGGUAUCAACGAACAGGUGGUACUUGCAUUUUGGUCCACGAAAGCGUGUUGCGAGAAUUGGCAGCCAAACUCGUGCUUAGAUGCUCAAGCGCUC